UACAGUUCCUGCUGACUGACGAAUCAGUACACCACAACGAUUAAACAAACAACGAAAAGCAGCCUAAAAAAUUAAGCUGGACAACACUAAAGCUCCGCAGCUCACUUUAAACUGCUAGGCAAAGCUGCGAGGAGCUUUUUGAAGUCUAGAGAGGCGAAGACAGGCGAGGCCGAGGAGGGCGUGUCAGGGAGCCACCAGGCGAGCAGGCAAGCUGCCGCUGCGAGGGGAGAAAGAGCAGGCUAUGCAACAGCCCAAGCCAGAGGUCAAGAAAAAAAACUCCAAACUAGUAAAAAGGUAGACUGUGGGAAGGAGCGACAGAGCUCAUUUGAGAUCUCAAUCCCCCUUAAAAAAGAGAGACUCUCUGUCUUUGUUGUCUCUGGGGAGGAGGAGGAUGUAAAGGGGAGCAUCAUCACAGGGAGAGAGGAAGACAAGAACAUGCUGUCACAGGUGAUGUGCAGGAGGGGCUGCAAGCUGGAGGCUGAUACCACUGAAGCCCCCCGCAGGGAUGCCGCCAGCCGCACGAAGCGAGUGCUCCAUCGGAGGACAGCAGGGGGUGGAGGGUGCCUGAGAGGGCCCAAGCAUCAUCCGCUCAAGAGGUCCACAAUGAUAUGCCUUCGGCCCGUCAACAUCAAAGGGAACCGAGCGAGGGGCAUGCGGGCCCCUCAGAACACCAACCAGUUCCUCAUGCAUGAGAAGUACCAGAUGAUGCACAUGCGCUCUGAUUCUGUGGGCAGUGACAGUGGAAGCUGCUCAGACACAGACUCAGAGCUCACUGACAUGGACUCAUACUUGGGAGCCCUGGAGAACGCCAGAGGAGCCCUCCUGGACAGUCCAGAAGCACAGGACCAGCAGGACCCACAGAGGACCAGCCAUGUCGUCCAUGAAGACAGCAUGCAGUACUUCCCUUCUGAGGACGACCUGAUGCAGAGUCAGAACUUCAUGCAGAGGGACUUUGCAGAGUUCUGUGACUUCCUGACUUUUUGAGAGGCAAACUUGAAAUGUAAAGUCAGGUUUGAAGUCCAUCCUUUUAAUAAUUCCAAGCCAGUGUGUUUUUAAUGUAACAACAUUCAGGACUUUGCCUUUUGGAAGUGACACUGUCUUAAGCUCUUUUCUCCAAACUCAGUGACACUGGUGUUUUUUGCUAAAUGUUAAAGUGAUGUGUAUGAAUAGCAGUCAUGGAUGAAGACAAUGUUGUUAUUGCUUGCACACAAAGGAUGGUGGGAGUGAGCUCAAGCAGCCAAUCAUCAUCCAGUUGCCUCUUUUUAGCUGCCCCUGAAUGGCUGAUGCUGCCUGUCAUUAAAACUUAUAAGAAAAUAACUAUUGUGAAUACAUAAAUAAAUAAAAAUGCUGAUAUGCGUUG